UUGGGUCAGACCCCAUAAGCCCUAGGUUUCACAUGUUUCAAUUUUUGACCAGGCUUAACGUCAUGAUGCCCGUCUCGUAUGGACAAUCCGAGCCCGUCCGCAGCCCUAACGACGCCCCGAAAAUCGAAGAAUUUCCCGUCAUUCAGGCACCAGCACCCAAACAUUUCGCAAUGAUCUGCACAACCUCGGUCCAUAAAGGCGUGGAUGAGAGCAUCUCGCCAUGAGCCAUAGACACAGAUGAUAGUUAUAUAAAGUGACUCCCACCUCGGCGAUUUUCGAUCGAUAGAACUUACCACCGGAUGCAGACACAAUUACAAACAGGCCGGACACGAUAUCUUCACCAUGAGCACCCAACAAAACCCUAAGGACUCGAUGAAGUCCACCUGGCGGCGACAAGAUCGCUCGCAGUGGAAACUACCGCACCGCAUCUUUGAAUGGGCCAACGUCUACCACGUCGACUUAGACCGCGAAGUCCCCAAGCACUCGAAGAGCGAGAAGGUGCCCUACGUCCCGGACUGGCAUCUUCACCGUUGGAUCAUCGUCUAUGCCGGCAUCCCGUUGCUCCUCCAUCAGCUCUACGUCUCCCUGACGGGAUGGAACUUCGGCCCCGUCGUCGCCUUCCUAUACUACUACUACGCCUCGCGGGUGUUCACGUCGCGGGAACUGCGCCAGCUACGCGAGAUGGGUCAUAAAUACGGGUUCCUAGACGGGGACCAACACGAGCGCGACGGGGUGCCAGAUGUAGGAGUCGGCAAGGCCCUCACGUCCGUCAUGCUGGCAGGGCUCUCGCGGCCCCUUAUAAUGGUUCUCCUAACGUAUCGCGCCACCGAUGCCCCCGUGUCCCUGGACUGGAAAUACCUCCCCAUCGAGAUCAGCCUGUACGGAAUCGUCCUCGAUUUCUGGUUCUACUGGUACCAUCGGCUGAUGCACGACGUGGGGGGCCUCUGGAAAUACCACCGCACCCACCAUCUCACAAAGCACCCGAACCCGCUGCUGACGAUCUACGCGGACUCCGAGCAGGAGUUCUUCGAUAUUGCGGGUAUCCCUUUGAUGACAUACGGCACGAUGAGGCUGAUGGGUCUACCGAUGGGAUUCUACGAGUGGCAUAUCUGCCAGCUGUAUGUGCUGUUUGCCGAGCUGGCGGGUCACAGCGGUCUUCGGAUCCACGCGUCGCCGCCGAAUCCCCUGACGUGGCUGAUGCGCAUGUUUGAUGCGGAGCUAGUGAUUGAGGAUCAUGACCUUCAUCAUCGUAAGGGGUGGAAGAAGAGCCAUAACUAUGGGAAGCAGACGCGCGUGUGGGAUCGGGUGUUUGGAACCUGCAGUCCGAGGAUCGAGAGUGCCAAGGAGAAUGUCGAUUAUGAGAACCCGGCACCGAUGGGUUUGUUCUAAGCUUGAAGCUUGUUGCGUUCUUCUUUUUGUAAAUAUUCAAGUGUUUAAAGGUGCUAUAUAAUACUGGGGGAGGUGUGAGAUUUCCUUAUG